AUGAUGGUUGACAACCAAAGUUUAAACGAUACAGACAGUAUUACAUUUGCCAGCACUGAAAUUUCUCUACCACGUGUUGUUCGCUUUUGGAUUCUUCUUUUAUUUGAUGUUCCAUCUACUAUUUGUACAUUUUACGUUCUCUUCUGUAUUCUUAUUGAUAAAAGAUUACGUUCAGCUGUGAAGAAUCAUGUUCUGGUUGUUUUGCUUAUUCUUGGCUUAGGUACUCAAUUAAUUGAUGUUCCAUUUUAUCUCAAUUUUAUCGUGCAUUCAAGUGUUAUUCCGUCGAAUCCUUCGGUCUGUAUCUUGUGGUGGUUUACCGAUAUUGGUAUGUACGAUGGAGGAGCCAUACUUUUAGCAUGGACUGCUUUUGAACGACAUAUUAUUGUAUUUCACAAUCAAUGGAUUUCAACAAGAAACAAACGUAUAUUCGUACACUAUUUACCAUUAAUUUUCUUAAUCUUAUAUAUUUUCAUUUAUUAUAUUUAUGCGUUUUAUUAUUUUCCAUGUGAAAAUAAUUACGAUUAUACAUUACCAUUCUGCAAUGGAUAUCCCUGCUAUCUAAGUGAUCCAUUUAUGGGAUGGAAUAGUUGGAAUCAUUUUCAUUGUAAUAUCAAUGAAAAACUCCUUCAACAAACAGCUGAUGCAAUUGUAGCCGCAGGCCUUGCUGCAGUCGGAUAUGAAUAUAUAAAUAUGGAUGAUUGCUGGCAAGUGAGUCGAGAUGCCCAAGAUGUCAUUCAAGCUGAUCCACAAGCAUUUCCAAGUGGUAUUCCUGCUUUAGCUGAUUAUGUUCAUUCGAGAAAACUCAAGUUCGGACUUUAUUCAGAUGCUGGAUUCAAAACAUGUGACGGGCGACCUGGUUCAUUACAUUAUGAAAUUAUAGAUGCAAAGACUUAUGCUUCAUGGGGUGUAGAUUAUUUGAAAUAUGAUAACUGUAAUAAUGAUGGAACCAUUCCUGAAGUAAGAUAUCCUGUCAUGCGAGAUGCAUUGAAUGCGAGUGGAAGACCUAUCUUCUACUCCAUGUGUGAAUGGGGUGUUGACACACCAGCUCUUUGGGCAGCAAAUGUUGGAAAUAGUUGGAGAACAACAAAUGAUAUAGAAGACAGCUGGAACUCAAUGCUCAAUAAUAUUGAUCUUAACAACGAAUUUGCCGAUAAAGCAGGACCAGGUGGUUGGAAUGAUCCUGACAUGCUUGAAGUUGGAAAUGGUGGUAUGACUGAUACUGAAUAUGUAACACAUUUUUCACUUUGGGCGAUCAGUAAAGCACCGCUUCUUAUUGGAUGUGAUGUUAACAAGAUGAGUAACACUACUCUUUCAAUUCUUACAAAUUCUGAAGUAAUUGCUGUCAAUCAAGAUCCAUUAGGUGUUCAAGGAAAAAAGGUUGCUUUUCAAUCAACACAAUCACCUACUGCAUCCAGUGACGUAGGUAUCACUAAUUGUUUAUCAUCCACAUUAAAUAUUGAACCAAAACGUUUUCGAUGGACAUAUAAUGCUCAAGAUGGAUCGAUUCGCUCAGCUCUGAAUGGGAAAUGCCUGUCAAUCGAAAGCUGCAAUACUGCCGAAAGGACAAAUAUUGUCUUGAGUGAAUGUCGUAUUAAUGAUCCACAAGUACAAUGUCAAGGAAAAAAUCAACAAUGGAUAAUUAAUACAACUGAUCAAACUAUUGUUUCUCAAAUGAAUGGCAAAUGUUUGGAUGUGCAUAAUCUUGCUGGGUCAAAUGUGAAUGCAUUUUCCUGUAAUAAACAACAUAAUCAACGAUGGAUAUGGAAUACAAUUGAUGGAAGUAUUCGCAAUAAGAACAGUGGUAAAUGUUUAAUACAGAUACAGGAACUUGAAGUAUGGGCAGGUCCACUUGACGAUGGUUCAGCAGCUGUAGUUUUACUCAAUCGAGGAAACAGUAGCGAGCCAAUCACUGUUCAUUGGAGUGAUAUCGAUUUUCCAACUCAUGAUUCAGCUCUUGUUCGAGAUUUAUGGGCUCACAAAACUAUUGGAGCGUUUCGUGGUAAUUAUACAUCACCAAACAUAGAACCUCAUGCAGUGAUGAUGUUGAAAAUUACUCUUUUCCAAUAG